AAACCUUACCCGAAGCCUUAUCAGAAAUCCACAAAUUUGUAUAUCCGUUCAUUCCCUUCACUUUGAUUUCAAUUCCUUCUCAGCCACUCGCUCCAUACAAUCAUACAUCUCUGUCUAUCUCUGCACACACAACUAACACCAGCUAACUGUGUGUUGUUGGUAACUUAAUCCUCUUGGCUCUCUAUUGCUCUCUCACUCCUCAUUAGCCAAUUUAUCUUAUGCAAGAAUAAGGUCACUAAGGUUCUUGAUUUUUGAUAUUUGGAGGAGAAUUUUGGGAAGUGAAGAUUUUAGCUGCUGCAUUGUUAUUAGGUGGUUUUUGUGGGGAUUUGUUUGGGCAAGUCCAUGGUUGAGCUUUAAGUUAAGUGUACAGAGAAAUGAGUAGUAUGGCUUCCCUGGUGAGUUUGGGGAGUGUUUGUGGAUGUUCUUCUGGACAGUUUGAAGGGUCAUUCUCACUAGUUAGGAGGGUUUCUUUUUCUAAGAAGUUUGGAACCGUAAAUAGAAUUUGGGGAGGGAAAAGAUGGCGUUAUGUUUCUGUGUGUAGAUAUUCGGUCACCACGGACAUUAUUGCUGAUCAGGGGACAUCAAUUUCUCUUGAUUCCUCAUCCAGUAGUAAUGAUGAUGAUGAUGCUGAUCUCUUACUUAAGCCUGCCCCAAAACCACAAUUAAAACCUGGACCUAAACCUGGCCCUGUUUUAGGGAAUGGACCAGUCCUUAGCUCUGAUUCUGAUGGUGAAAAAAGAAAUCCUAUUGAAGAAGAAAGAAACAAGGUCAUUGAGUCACUUGGAGAAGCAUUAGAUAAAGUGGAGAAGCUAGAAACUAACAGAAAAACAAAUGUGUCGGUUAACAAGUCGUAUGCCAAUCCACGUACUUCACAAAGAAAUAGCAAGCCAGUUGAUUCUGAUGAUUCUUCCAACAGGAAGUCUAAAACUUUGAAGAGUGUUUGGAAAAAAGGGAAUCCGAUUUCUGCCGUACAAAAAGUUGUAAAACCACCCCCUAAACAGGAACCAAUGACUGAUGGUGGAAGGAAGAGUGAAUCCCAAACUGUUGCUCCUCUAAAACCCCCUCAGCCACCCCAGAAGGUUCAACCACAGUUAUUAGCAAGACCGUCUGUAGCUCCUCCUCCUCCUUUUAUCAAGAAACCGGUGAUAUUGAAGGAUGUUGGUGCUGGGGCGAAGUCCCCUCCCUCUGAUGGAAUUGAAUCUACUGGAAAGACCAAAGAACCUGAAUCAGCUGGAAAGACCAAAGAACGCAAGACAAUAUUGGUCGACAAAUUUGCCUCCAAGAAACCAGCUGUUGAUCCUAUGAUUGCUCAAGCGGUUUUAGCCCCUCCUAAAUUUGGAAAGAACGCACCUCCUGGUAAAUUCAGGGAGGAGUUCCGUAAAAAGACUGGUGCAUCUGGAGGACAACGCAGGCGUAUGGUUGAUGAUGGGAUUCCUGACGAGGAGGCAUCAGAGCUUGAUGUUUCUAUUCCUGGUAGAGCAAGGAAGGGAAGAAAGUGGACCAAGGCAAGUCGCAAGGCAGCCCGACUUAAGGCUGCUCAAGAGUCUGCACCUGUCAAAGUAGAUAUUCUAGAGGUUGGUGAAGAAGGAAUGCCGACCGAGGAGUUGGCCUACAACUUAGCUACUAGCGAAGGUGAAAUUCUUGGUCUUCUAUAUUCAAAAGGAAUCAAGCCUGAUGGUGUGCAAACUCUCAGUAAUGACAUGGUGAAGAUGGUUUGCAAAGAAUAUGAAGUAGAGGUUAUUGAUGCUGCCUCGAUUAAAGUGGAAGAGAUGGCAAGAAAGAAGGAAAUUUUCGAUGAAGAGGACUUAGAUAAACUUGAAGAUAGACCUCCUGUCAUAACUAUAAUGGGUCAUGUUGAUCAUGGAAAGACUACUCUCUUGGACCAUAUACGCAAGACCAAGGUGGCGGCUUCUGAAGCUGGUGGAAUUACUCAAGGAAUUGGGGCAUAUAAGGUGCAAGUGCCUAUUGACACCAAGCCCCAGAUAUGUGUUUUUCUUGAUACACCUGGACACGAGGCUUUUGGGGCAAUGAGAGCUCGUGGAGCAAGAGUAACAGACAUUGCUAUCAUUGUUGUAGCUGCCGAUGACGGAAUUCGGCCUCAGACAAAUGAGGCCAUAGCACAUGCCAAGGCAGCGGGAGUUCCAAUUGUGAUUGCCAUAAAUAAGGUUGAUAAGGAUGGAGCAAAUCCUGAGCGAGUCAUGCAAGAACUUUCCACCAUUGGUUUGAUGCCGGAAGAUUGGGGUGGUGACAUUCCAAUGGUUAAGAUCAGUGCUCUUAAAGGAGAGAAUAUAGAUGAUUUGCUGGAAACUGUCAUGCUUGUUGCGGAGUUGCAAGAGUUGAAGGCUAAUCCUCAAAGAAAUGCCAAGGGGACUGUGAUUGAGGCAGGUCUCGAUAAAUCUAAAGGACCUGUAGCAACAUUCAUUGUGCAGAAUGGUACACUGAAAGGAGGAGAUGUAAUGGUUUGUGGUGAAGCUUAUGGAAAGGUGCGGGCUCUGUUUGAUGAUAAGGGAAAACGUGUUGAUGAAGCUGGACCCUCCAUACCUGUGCAGGUGAUUGGACUGAACAAUGUUCCAUUUGCUGGUGACGAGUUUGAGGUUGUUGAGUCCCUUGAUAUUGCUCGUGAAAAGGCUGAAGAACGAGCGGAGUCCUUGUGGAAUGAACGUUUAUCAACAAAGGCCGGAGAUGGGAAAAUUACACUCUCUUCUUUUGCUUCUGCUGUUUCAGGAGGAACUGGUCUAGACUUGCACCAACUAAAUAUUAUUCUGAAAGUUGAUCUUCAGGGAUCCAUUGAGGCGGUCAGACAAGCUCUUCAGGUUCUUCCACAGGAUAAUGUCACUUUGAAGUUCCUACUGCAAGCUACUGGUGAUGUGACCGCCAGUGAUGUUGAUCUUGCUGUAGCAAGUAAAGCUAUUAUUUUUGGCUUUAAUGUUAGAACUCCGGGUUCUGUCAAGAGCUAUGCAGACAAUAAAGGUGUUGAAAUCCGACUAUACAAAGUUAUAUAUGAUCUUAUUGAUGAUGUGCGAAAAGCAAUGGAGGGACUUCUGGAAUCAGUUGAGGAACAAGUGCCAAUUGGUUCAGCAGAAGUACGUGCUGUGUUCAGCAGUGGUAGUGGUCGUGUCGCUGGAUGCAUGGUAACAGAGGGAAAAGUAGUGGAAGAAUGUGGUAUUCGUGUCACUAGAAAAGGCAAAGAAGUUCAUGUUGGUGUGGUCGAAUCUUUAAGACGGGUGAAGGAAGCUGUGAAAGAGGUUAAUGCGGGAUUAGAGUGUGGUAUUGGGGUUGAGGAUUUCGAUGACUUUGAGGUGGGUGAUAUUCUGGAGGCUUUCAACUCAGUUCAGAAAAGACGAACACUCGAAGAGGCCUCAGCAUCAAUGGCAGCAGCACUUGAAGAAGUGGGGAGAGGCCUUUAAAGAAACUAGAGGUGAAUAGCCUAAUAACUUUUUGCGUGCCAGUUAUAGUUGGGGUUAUACAUGGCUCCUCUCCUCGUGCGUGGGCUUAAUCAAUUGUUAGAGGAGUGGGAUGAUCAGUACAUCAUGUGGGUGAAUUUUGCCGGUUGCUUGUCAAACAUACUUGAUGCUGUAUAAGGUGAGCUGCAUAGAAUUGGCCAUUGUUAUGUGCUGUUGCAAUGUAUAUAGUGAUACAUAUCAUUUGAGUUCCUCUUUGUAAAGGGCAACAAGUCCAUCAUUUGUUUGAAUUGCUCAAGAUGAAUGAUGAUAACACAUGUAGUCAUAGUAGCAUGGAGAAAAGAAGUUCCAAUAUUGAAAAUCUUAGGAUGCUCUAGGUUAGAUGCGUCAUCUUGUAAACUCAAUAUCAUUCAAUUUGAAAUGAAAUUCAGAAAGCGAGGGAACAAGUAGUUCUACUGUUUCCAUUACAUGGUA